AUGGCAAUUCAAUUCUGGAGCUGGAUCUUCAUCAUCCAAACACUUCUAUUCCAGACCGGCUGUGCUCAACCCACUCCAAAUCACAAUUAUGGAGUGCUUACUAGCAGAGCAUUGGAGAGCGUUUUCAUUCGCGGUCUUACGAAGGCGGAAAAGGCUCGGAAUACUUAUAUUGCAUUGGCCAUUGCCGCCAGUGUGGUUUUGAUUGCGGGUCUGACUGGUCUUCUGGUACUGCACUUGAGGCAAAAGCAGACUGUCGCGGAGCCUGAAUCGGCGGGUAUCCCAGCUGUCAAGCCACACUGGUGGAUGGUGGAAGGCAAAAAUGAGAAGAUGCUGGAUUGGCGGUGGAGAUUGAGCCAUGGGGUUUCAACGCCUGGGCAUAUCAUCCACUCUUCUGAAGGGACCUCUAAGAUUGAUCGUUUAAGAAAGGCCCUUAAUAUUCCCAGGAAGACCUCAGAUGUCCAACCUAUUCUUCCAAUGCACCGCCCACAAGUUGCCAGCCCUACCGAGACCUUGAACCUCCCAAUGCAAACCAUGGAUAACAUACAACCAAUUUACCCGGCUGCGCUUGAACGCGGUUACAAGGACGUUCAACCACCUCAGAUUCCUGCUGUUACAAUUGCCACAUACGAUGUCAACAAACGAUCGAGGCGCAGUCCAAAUGUUCCACCCAAGGCUAUUGUUAUCCAGAGCGGCCGCUCGACGCUUUCGCGCUCUUUGGCUCGUAGUGGUGCCCCAAGAUCUCCUGCAGGUCGCCGCUGGUUGCAGAGGAAUUCAUUCAGACAUCCUUUCUUGCCCCUCAAGGACUAUGAUGUCACGAGAGUAUCAACACCAGCUGAUCCCCAACUCGGAAUUGGGUACGGAUCCAAGGCUCACGAAUCCCGCAUUGUGACACUCAUACCUGCCGGUGUUCCUCCUAGUUCACUUAAUCCUCCCCACCAGGCCAGGGCUCCAAUCAGAAAGCCCGCCGCUCUUCGAUUACUGAACGACCCCUCAAGACGUGUUCGCGUUGGGUUACCAUCUUCUCCUCGACCAGUUCGCGCUUCUCCUCGACCUGCUGUUUAA